GCUCGCCAUGAUUAGUCAAUUUUAGCUUAGGGUUAGGAAAAUGCGGGCCGUAUUCUUUAGAGGAGACCGCUUCGUAAGUCCAGGGACGGCAAGAAUUUCCUUUAUUAAGGGCUGCCGCUAUACAACGAACAUCUCAUAAAAAUGUUUUCUUGUUCCUUACUGUGAAAUGUGAAAACAUGAAAUUCCAGCAAAAGGUUCUCUUUUGUUAUUCGAUGUUAUGAAAUAUGAAUCUAUCAGGCUCACAGCGGUAAGUUGCAACGCUAGAGAAUUUAUCACCAAAAUAUUAUAAAACUUCAAGUGAACAACUGAUUUAGCCAAAUUGUUAAUGAAAUGUUCUGACAUCAGUUUAGAUGUAAUCAGCUGCUGAUAUACUGUUAUGAUUGGUCGAUUUUUUCCACUCCAUUCGAAAUGCAAACGUGACAUUUUGUUGAUUGCAACAGGAAUUUUGAAAGCAAAUAUUACGAAAAGAAGGUGAAAGCUGCGUACACUUGGAAAUAAGUGAACUUUUGAAAACGAGCUACCAUUAUUUUAAAGAGCAUCUUAAUAAACAAUUGGUUCGUUUUCAAAAUUAAGUUGAUAAAGAAAGGUGAAACAUCGUGGCGAAUUUUGAAAAGCGAACCGGCGUUGCAAGAGUUGUUUGCUCUGACGACAGCUUCAUAGAAACGUAAGAGCUGAUAGCAUUUAAAAUUUGCCACAGAGUUUUAUUUACCUUUAUCAACUAGCAGUGGAUAACCAACGCAGCAAAACCUCCUUCAUUUGCUUCUUAGUAACUAGAGGUGUUGAUAGCUAGGUAUUUCAACUUUGCCGACAGACACUUUGUUGAGCUUGAGUGAAUAUAAAUAAAUUACUUUUACAACGACUUGCUUAAAGAAAUUCUGCGCAGAAAGCACUCAGUAACAUUGGUUAGAAAGGUGUAAAGUGGCUUGAAUAUUUCUUUCUCGUGGAAUACAGAUAUUUCAGGUUGACUUGAACAUAUUUACACGCAGUGAUAGCUAUAACUGUUUUUUUUCACUGAAUGAUUUGUCAGUGCAUAAAUUACGGAGUGCACUAUUGUAGUAAACACACUUUUGUCAAACUGCGUCGACGUGAUUGGUUCAUUGGAGAAUGAAAUUGAUAGAUCUUCAGUUCGUAAUAUUUAGUUUAUCGGGUCUGCUUAGGGCUUGGGUGGUUUAAGGACAAAUAUUGCACAAUCUAGGGGGUGAAAACCUUUGUAUGGGUUUUAAUCUAAAUAUUUCACGUUCGCAACGCUCUUCUGAGACCCAUAAAAUGACGAAAAGUUUGGUAUGGUUUUGCUAAAGCUGUAAUUACUGAGGAACCGAGGAAUCCGAAGUCGAGAAGUUAUAUGAUGGACUGAUCGUCAUAUUAAGAAAAGAAAACAGACCGGUGAGUUCGGUGAAUGUGUUCUCAUUGAGACCGGAAGGUAAUGAAUUGAUAGCUUUGAACUAAGAAUUACUAAAUUAUGGCACAAUUAGCAAUCAAACUUCUUUGCCUUGCUAAUUUUUCGUUACCCAUCAUUGCUUUUUCUUGUGUUUGUUCUACUCGUUUCCGGCUUUUGUUUGUUGUUGUUGUUGUUGUUGUUGUUGUUGUUGUUUUGACUCGUUUUGUUUUCAUUGUGAGUGCCAAACGUUGGUCUAUUUAUGGCAGUGUGAGAGUUAAUUGUAGUCCUCGACAAGCAAGCCCUCUGCUGGUCAAUCGUUUAGGCGGUGAUUCACAGCUUGAACUACGUUAUCGUUCCCGAGAUAGAAUAGAGUUAGCACUCAUCAUAAAAAGGAAUAAUUUUAAUGUUUAGUAUCGAUCGUGAGUUAAGCCAGCUUGAAGCAUCCUGUGAAUAAUAAUAAAAAAGGGUUUCUUGAACUGCUUAAUCUCACUUGUUUUCAAUUUCGAAAAGUGAAUCUAAACCUUCUCAAUUAGCCCAAUUAAGCCGAGUUCUUUCUCGCUGGUAAUGGGAGAAAAGAAGAGAAGUAGUCUUGAAAGUCAUCUCGAGAAUAUGACCGUGAAAGUAACUUUAAAAGUCAGCGUUUCUUAAACUUUGAUCCUUAAUGUGACAGAGCCACACAAGGGCUGUGAAGGAGACUACUUGCAAGCGUGGUACCAAUGCAGUUUAUUUCUGCUCACAAUUGUUCAGACAACAGACCACAAAAUAGCUGUCUUAGAUAUUUCAUAAAAAUUGGAAAGGUCUUUUUGGCUCUCUAUCGAACGAUGUUUUUGUUGGAAACUAUGAAAAUUAUUGCUCCUUUUCUUUUACAAAAUUGAAAAAAUCGGUGUCUCAUCUCAACCCACACAUCCAAAAGAAUAACAGUUGCAUGCGUGUCAUGCCUAUGUUGGCAUUUAUAUCUUCCACCAGCUGUGCAUUGAGGUGAGGUCGGGGAAAACAAUGACAUGAAGUGAAUUUACGUGUUUUGCAAUUGUCCCUUAAAUUAAUUUAACCUUGCCAAAUACCUAAAUUCUUCUCUUCGUAAAUGCAUUUACAAAUUUAAUUUCGAAAGACGCAUUUUGGUGAUGCUUUAAUUUUUACUGUUGACACAACUAAUUUUAAUCGAUGAUUUCUAACGAUAGUAGUUUUAUGAUUAUUUACACGGUUCUUUUCCCUUUCACUGCACUUAAAUGAGCCGGUUUAUUUAUUAAUUCAUGGCAUGUUACGAGCCUUCUAACUAGUGGUGCACUUGACUGUGAAAGAGAUGUCAUUAUUCGGCAAUUUACACUGCCUAACCCGCCGUUACCGCUUGAUAAUGGAGAGUUUUUUCUCGCCAAGAAUUCCUUUUGGUGACGAGAAUCACAUCUUCGCGAACAUUUUCGAUGAAUGACGUCGAGGGAACAAAUGACUAAAUCGUUUUAGGCUAUUGUUCCCAACAAAUCGUCGAUGUUAUUGGAGGACAAAUUUAAUAAUGGUUAUCACGUGUAAACAGCACAUAUAGCGUUUUGUUCUCUUUUUCCGUUUUCAUUUGACUACUAAGUUCGUCAGGUAAAUAUUAAUUAGUAGCUGUUCGACUAAGUUCUUUAUCUUGGUAGGAGGUGUGAGACAGUUUCCACAUCGAGCCGCGUCGAUCAAGUCAUCUCUGUUGGCGAACAGGGCCGCGCGCUACCUGCAUUCUUCUCGUUUGACAGAAGCCCAACCAACUCAUAUCAUAUUCAAAGGAAACAGGUUUCGUUAGAACAGUUAUCGUCAAAGAGUUUCCGCCGGUUUAUGUGAAGAUUGAAAUCGAGCGCUUUACUUCUGUUGGACACCGAACGCAAGGUGCUUGGUUGGUGAAAACUUGUGCUUCAAUUAAUCAGCUAUUGAUGGUGGAACUGAAAAACGAAACAGAAUUUUCCAUGGCUUCUAACAUGACACAAAAUAACACCAUCUCGCCACCUGGUGAGGGAGUCGUAGUCCCGCGAGACAUUCAGGUUGGAGUCACAGUGGUCGCAGUCACAACUUUUAUCCUGGCAGGAAUUGGUAACUCGCUAGUGAUCUACAUCGUAUGUACAGUCAACCAGAUGAAGAGCUCAACAAACACUCUCAUUGCCAAUAUGGCUGUUGCAGAUCUUCUCAUGACCAUUGACAUUCCUUAUAUACUCAAAUGGGUGUACGUGUGGAAUGGUUGGUUUGGUACAUUUAUGGGCACCGCCUUGUGCAAGUUCUUUCACUCAGCUCAAGUUGGUUCCUUGGCUGCUUCAGUGUUUAGUUUGGUGGCGAUUUCUUUAGAUCGCAGUUUUGGUAUUUUAUUUCCAAUGAGAACCAUAAUGACCAGGAAUGUUGUGCGUUUUGCAAUCGCCGCGAUUUGGCUCGGCGCACUGGCCUUGUCCAUUCCGAUUAUGCUAGUGGUCAAGAACACCAAAGAUGAAGGAACGGGAAAUAUGAUCUGCGACGAGAAUUGGCCGCCCAUAUCACAUAAAACCUACGCAUGGUUUCUAUUCACAACUUCCUACAUCAUUCCAAUUUUGAUCAUUGCGGUAGUCUACUUCUUAGCGGGGAUGCGCCUUUGGAGCAGGAAACUCCCAGGUCAUCGCACGUUAAUGUCGCACAAGAAAGCUCAAGCGUCCAGCAGACGCGCCACAGUUAUGUUGAUAACAGUGGUUAUCGUUUUUGCUCUUUCUUGGUUUCCAUUUCAAGCCUUGGAAAUCAUAAGAUUUAUCGAUCCGAAAAUAUUAACCAACUUUACAGUCCCAAUGGCGGUUUGGUAUGUCAUUCCGUGGUUUGGUUACUGUAACAGUGCCGUCAAUCCAAUUAUUUAUGUGAUCUUCUCGGAGAAUUACCGUCACGAAUUUUAUCGAAUCCUCUGCAGGGGACCAAGCCGCAAGGAGCGUUACAGGAAGACUAUUGUAUACAGCCGCAGCGCAACUCGCACGACACGCUUAUCAAGAGCUAGCUCAUUGGCAGUCAGUAUUCCUCUUCAGAAGUUGAGAGAAGAAGCUGACCAUAGAAGAGGGAGUCCAGAGACGCCGUGAGUCCAGUCCAAACUAUUUAAAUAUCAGGCCUUUGCAAAAAGUUCUCCUGAACUGGGGAAGAAAAGGCACCAAAAUUACUCAAACAUUUCUCAGCCGUUAUGUUCGUUUUUGCUUCACCUUUCUUUUAGCAAGCUUUGUGCUUGAUGUAAUUUUCAGGAAGAAUUUCCUACAAAAAAAACUCUGACCUCUUUCUGACUGCUUUCGUUUUCCUGUUGGGUUUCGUUCCUUUUCUUCUUCUUUUCAGAUUUCUUUGACUGAAUCAGCGCAACUUGAUAUAUUCAAAGAGCACGUUUUGCGCCAACUUUUUAUUAGUUUUAAUUUUACCAUUGUUCUGAUAUUUUCACCCUGUAAUUUAUUGCGUUGAGAGUGGCACGGUUUCUUUCAACUAUAACCCGUUUUAGUUAUAGAAAACAGCAGUGAUAUGUCUCUGUGAUAUUACUGUGGUAACUGGAUCUGACAGAUGUUUUGCAGUACUUUACCUUACUAUAAUAUCGUACCAGAGGUACUACUACGAGUAUGGCCGACGUCGGCCGACGUAUACUGAAAUCGUUUGUUGUUACUGCCUCAAUUGCCAACGGGUAAUGGUCAACUCAAACGCUACUUUUUACCACCAUUCAACGUUAAAUUGUUUCGUAGGUAAGACUCGUGCCGUGGGGAGUAUUUAGGUCAAUUUUUGCUGGAUAUGUACCUCUGUUCUCUUAGAACCCCUAACCCACCAUAGUCGAUUGUUUGGCCAAUUAUAAUAUCCGUCUUAGUCAUUUUUGGUCACACGGUAACAACUUUUUAACCUCGAAUGUUCCCGUUUUAAAUAUUAACUUACCAGAAUUUUCUUACCCCCAAAAUCCAAAAAUGUACGACCCCACUAAAGUGCUACCCCGUUAUAGACAGUCGUUAAAAUGUGACCACAUCCACAUCCCCUUCAGCUUUUUACAAGGAAGUAAACGCCCUCUCCCGAGGACUUGUGCUUGUUGCACCUGUAAUCAUCAACCAUCAAUGGUUCUUAUGAGAAAUUAGGAGACUUAUGUGAGCAUCAAAUGGAAAUAAAAUGAUUUAAUUACAAUAGCAGUAAGGAUAAAACAUUUCCUGUAGAUUAAAAAUAUUUCAAACAAUUUGGACUUCGAAACAGUUUACUACGAAGAAAGCGAAUAAAUUGAAACGAUGACGAAAAUCUGCACAAGGAAGACUUAUAGAUAAUGCACAAGGAAACGACUAUACCACCUUUGUACUUUUAUUAUGAUCUUAGAAACAUUUCAUUUUAACUGUAAAUAAGUGAAAAUUCCAUGACACUAAAUUUGCAUUGUCAACACUAGUAUAUUUCCACGAUAAGGCAAAUAACGUGUGUUCUUUUGAACUUAAUAAAGAGUUCUUUGCAAUCUCA